UGAUGUCGACGUCAUGGGUUACCUUCACGGUGGAUAUAUAGCGAACGCGUGCAGGAGUGGUGAUGUAGCAACAACUUCGCUUGUCUUGGCACAUUCCUCUGGGAAUAGUAGAAGCCUUAGUCGACAUGGAUCCCACCAACAAGCCCAAAGGACCCUCUCCUCACUACUCCCUCUACCAGCGCGAAGUCUUCAGGCGCGGUGGAGAGGAAGGAAUGCUCCCUAGUUUCUCUGUUCAUCCCGAGGAAUUGCAGGAAUCCACCAAGAAGAAAUUAAACGAUCGCGGAUACUUCUACGCGAACUCCAACGCUGGUCUGGGCUGGACAGAUCGCGCCAACCGCGAGGCAUUUUACAAGUGGCGCAUUGUGCCCAGGACUUGUGUUGACACCAGCACGCGAGACCUCACUACAACCAUCUUUGGCCACAAAAUCCCCGCGCCUAUCAUGUUCGCCCCCAUUGGCAUCAACAAGCUCUACUCUUCCAAUGGUGAGCUGGUCCCGGCCACCAUCGCAGGAGAGCUUGGCCUUCCGUACUGCCUGUCGACAGCGGCCUCACAGCCCAUCGAGGCUGUUGCCGCCGCCAACGAUAAGGCAGCCUCAGUGCGCAACGAGAGCAAUAGUGUCCACCAGUAUAGCGGGACGAACGGCGGCAAUGCAAAAAGCCCCCGGUUCUUCCAGCUGUACAUGGGCCACGACGACGAAAUCACGCUUUCCCUGCUCAACCGCGCUUGGGAUGCUGGCUUCGACGUCCUGAUGCUCACCACCGACACCUGGCAGCUCGGCUGGCGACCGACAGACAUUAACAUCGCGAACUACGUCUUCUACUACGGCGGAACGGUCGGAAACGAGGUCGGCAUGUCGGACCCCGUCUUCAUGAAGAAACAUAGCAAGGAGCUCGAGCAGGACUCCGGCAAGUGGAUCGACUCCAGCGUGUGGCACGGCAAGCCACACACCUGGGAGAAGAUCAAGUGGCUGAUCAAGCAGUGGAAACACAUCUCCGGCGGCCGCCCGUUCGUCAUCAAGGGCAUCCAGAACGCCGCAGAUGCACGGAUGGCACAUGAAGUCGGCUGCGAGGGCAUCGUCGUGACGAAUCAUGCCGGCCGUCAGGUCGACGGCGCCGUCGGAAGCCUGGAGGUCCUCCCUGAAAUCGUCGAGGCUGUCGGUGACAAGAUGACCAUCAUCUUCGACUCCGGUAUCCGCACAGGCCCUGACGUCUUCAAGGCCAUCGCGCUCGGCGCGCAUGCCGUCAUGGUCGGCAGGCUCUACGUCUGGGGCAUGUCUCACGAGGCAGAGGCCGGUUGCCGGCACGUCAUCAAGAGCCUGCUCGCGGAUUUGGAUAUCACGAUGACUGUCGCCGGGUACCGCAGCAUCCGCGAGGACGUCUUCCGCAACAAGGACGCCCUCAGGUACAACCCGUACGGAGUGCCGCCGGCCAAGGACGACCAUGCAAAGCUGUGACUUGCCAACGCGCCCUCU